GUGAGAUUUUGGAGGUUCUUUGUCUGAAAUGUAUAAAAGCUGUAAGCAUUUUCAAGGCUCUGGCCCUAUCCUGCUGUGAAAUUUUGCUCGCAGACCAGGAUGGGGUCCGCUUCUUGAGAUUCUAAUAAAUAAUUCUGCUUUCUAUGAGUGAUCUCUGUAGUAGUCAAUUUUGGUAGGUCUAUUUGUCCCAAACACUUCUUUCCCUCUACUGCAAUGUUUCUCAUGCCUCUUCAUACGAUAUAGUUUAUCCUAUCAUGUCUCCCCCUUUUCUCCUUUUUAUUACCUCUUAAUAAAUUUUUUUUAUUAUCAUAUCAAAGUUAACUUAUAAUCACAUACUCUAUCUAAGGUAUACUCCCAAUAGCCCUAAUAGAGAUACUGUUUUUAAAAGUUGCAAAUGUCACCUUUUGUAUAGGGAUAAAAACAAUUUUGUUUUUUUUUUUUCCUUUUCUAUUUCCUUUUUUAUGCUUCUCUUGAGUCUUGUAUUUAAAGAUCAGGUUUUCUGUUCAGCUCUGAUCUUUUCAGGAAAAGUUUGAAAGUCUCUUAUUUCACUGAAUGUAUCUUUUUCGCUGAAAAAUUAUAUACAGUUUUGCUAGGUAGUUGAUUCCUGGUUGUAAUUCAAGCAAGUUCCUUUGUCUUUCCACAAUAUCAUAUUCCAAGCCAUGCAUUCAUUUAAUGUAGAUGCUGGUAAAUUCUGUGUAAUUCCGACUAUGUCUCCUUGAUAUUCAAAUUGUUUCUUUCUGGUUGCUUGCAGUGUUUUCUCCUUGAUCUGAUAGCUCUAGAAAUUGACUACAAUAUUCUUGGAGUUUUCACUUUGAGAUCCCAUUCAGGAGGUGAUUGGUGGAUUCUUUCAGCUAUUGUUUUACCCUCUGGUUGUAGGAUAUCAGGUCUAGAGAACCUGGUCCUGACCUACAUUUGAGGCCAUCACCAGUAGAGAUAUGCCCUGUAUGGAAAACGCAGUCCUGGCACUGGCUCAAAUAGAGAACUCAGCCACAGUAUGAAGAGACAAUGAAAAAAAUGGUCCACUUCACCAUAGAACCCUCCAGGAGUUGUUGGAUAGACAUGCAACCUGUUAGAAAGAAGCCAUUGAAAUUUUCAUCAAGUAUUCUUUCAAAGAUAUGGACCAGAAAUUCCAGAAAGAAUUGCUGAGCAAAUGAAAUCUCAAGCUGCAGAGGCUGCUGAAAGGCAACUGGAGGAAUUGCAAGGAGGAAUCAACAGAUGUAGGAGCAAAAGAAAAAAAGUCACCACAUGAAGAAAGUACCUGCAAGGGUGGAGGCUGAGAUUAAUCGUUCACAUAAAUGUGUGAAGAAGCUGUUCUGAAAUUCCAGAUAACAUACUACUUUUUUAAAAAUGGCCCCUGAUGUCCAAAUGCCAGCCCCAGUGUGUCUGAUUGAGAACAUAAAAGGAAAACUGAUAGUGAAUCAGCAAUCACUGAAGAUUCUUUCUUCAAUACCUGAGCCUAUGGUGGUAGUGGCUAUUGUGGGUCUGUAUCGCACUGGCAAAUCCUACCUGAUGAAUAAACUGGCAAGGCAAAAAUCAGGCUUCUCCCUUGGAUCCACAGUACAGUCUCACACCAAGGGCAUCUGGAUGUGGUGUGUCCCUCAUCCCAAGAAGCCAAAGCACAUCCUCGUUCUCCUGGACACUGAGGGGCUGGGUGAUGUGGAGAAGGGUGACAACAAGAAUGACAUAUGGAUUUUUUCCCUGGCUGUGCUACUGAGCAGCACCUUUGUCUUUAACAGCAUGGGUACUAUCAACCAGCAGGCCAUGGACCAGCUGCACUUUGUUACUGAGCUGGCACACAGGAUCAAGAGCAAAUCUGACCUCACCUGUGAUGAAAUAGAAAACUCCUCAGAAUUUGUGAGCUUCUUUCCAGACUUUGUGUGGACCGUGCGUGAUUUCACUUUGGAGUUGGAAGCUGAUGGGAACCCUAUUACAUCUGACGAAUACUUGGACAUCGCACUGAAGCCUAAGAAAGGUAAACCUGAAGAAGUUAAAAUGUUCAAUCUACCUCGUCAGUGUAUCCGCCAGUUCUUCCCCAGGAAGAAAUGCUUUAUCUUUGACCGACCCACGCACAGAAAGAAGCUUGCCCAGCUGGAGAAACUUCAUGACAAUGAACUGGAUCCUGAAUUUGUGGGACAAGUUGAAAGCUUCUGCUCCUAUAUCUUCAAUAACUCCAAUGUGAAAACUCUCCAGGGAGGCAUCAAAGUCAAUGGACCCCGUCUAGAGCACCUGGUCCUGACCUAUGUUGAGGCCAUCACCAGUGGAGAUAUGCCCUGUAUGGAAAAUGCAGUCCUGGCACUGGCUCAAAUAGAGAACUCAGCCGCAGUAAAAAGGGCUCUUACAUACUAUGAAGAGACAAUGAAAAAAAGAGUCCAGUUCCCCACAGAAACCCUUCAGGAGUUGUUGGAUAUACAUACAACCUGUGAGAAAGAAGCCAUUGAAAUUUUCAUCAAGUAUUCUUUCAAGGAUGUGGACCAGAAAUUCCAGAAAGAAUUGGCGAACCAGCUAGAAGCCAAGCGAGAUGCCUUUUGUGAUCAGAACCUGGAUGAGUCUGCACAGCGGUGCAGAGCUUUGAUUAAGGAUAUUUUCAGUCCUCUGGAGGAAGAAGUGAAGAAAGGCACCUUCUCUAAACCAGGAGGCUAUGGUCUCUUUCUUCAGGAGAACAAGUUGCUGAAACAGAAGUAUUAUCAGCAGCCCAGGAAGGGGAUACAGGCUGAGGUGACUCUGCAGGAAUACCUGAUGUCCAAGGAAGAUGUAAAUGAUGCAAUACUGCAGGCAGAUCAGUCACUCUCGACAAAGGAAAAGGAUAUUGAAGUGGAGCGUAUGAAAUGUCAGGCCGCACAGGCUGCUGCAAAGCAUUUGGAGGAAAUGCAAAAGAAAAACGAGGAGAUGAUGAAGCAACAGGAAAAAAGCUACCAGGAACAUAUAAAGCAACUUACUGAAAAGAUGGAAGCAGAAAGGAAGCAGUUGAUAGCAGAGCAAGAGGCGGCCCUGGCUCUGAAACUCGAGGAACAGAGACGAUUACUAAAAGAAGGAUUCGAAAGUGAAAUUCAACAGCUUCAAACACAAAUCAAGUUUCUGAAAAACAACCGGAAUCAGAAGAGCACAAUGGACUGUAUCAUAUGCUGAAGACUGAAGCCUUCUCCCUCUUAUUCACCUUCAAUAAAACUUGCAGAGGACUCAGGAUCCCUACAAUUGGGACAUUUGUGACAGCUAUUAGAAAUACAAGACUUUUACAAUAUUGCAGGUAGAAUUUAGUUUUCUGUCCAGUUUGAAAAACCUAAUGAUUUUCCCUAAAGAUCUGUGAUGAUUUUAAAAUAGGGAGAAAAUUUGUGACUAUUCUUUUGUAUUUGAUUUCUAUAGAAACUAAUGAGAUUCUGAAUAAGGAGGUGGGGUUGGUAAAGAAAGCCUGAGAUAGGGAUAAGAUUACACCCUGAGGCAAGCAGAGAAAGGUACUAAUGAGGAUCAGUUCAACCUCUAUUCAGGUCUUUGAUAUCUCUACCUUGCUGUGUCCAGUCAGAAAUCCAAGGUAUGUCAAAUUCCCAAGGUUAAAUUUCCUCUAUAAAUCUGUCUAUGGCCCAUAACCAUCUUUGCUGGAUUCCUUAUGGGUUAGCCAGCCACAGUGCUCCUGUCCUUCUCCUUCUGCUUCCCCCAAUGCCUUACUCUAUUUCAUAUUUAUAACUCCUGGUGUCUAUUUUAUUUCUUCAUUUUGUCUGUAAUCUCUUCUAAAUAAAUUUGGCUUUUGCCAAAGAGAA